CUACAUUUACAUUCGAUGUUUCUGAUAUAGAUGAACCCACUUCAACUAUUGAGCGUGAAAGUCAAACUAUUUCUCACACAACUGAGUCUAUAUUUACAACCUUUGGUCCUGAUAGUAUCCAAACAACGAGUCCUACUUGUACUGACGACUAUCACCAAUUCAGAGAAAAUUCGCCAUUCAAUUUGGUUGAUACAUCCAAAAUAAUUUCAAUCAACAAAGUAAAAGGCUCUUGUUUAAAUUUAAAUAAAAAGAGAGUUCUUAUUCAAAGCCUGAAUCUGACGAAUAGUUUCUCUUCCACCGAACACAUCCAGGACCUGCAGCUAAAAGAUGGCUGUUUGGUUCAAAGCACCACCGUCAACAGAGAUCUACGCCUGUCUUUAGAUUGCACCACGGGUUCAUUCAAGUGCAAAGUGACCUUUCCAUGUAUAUUUCCCAGAGUACUGCUGACGUACUACUAUGUAUUAGCAGGUAUACAACCAACUCUCGGAAUGGUUACGGUUGAUGUCCACGACGGACCGAUUGAUUUGGUGUUGAACUUUGUCAGGGACAACAAUGACAAGUGUACAGUUCUGAAUGAACUAGACGACACUCUUUUGGCCAAAUACCGAGUGGUUAUGAACUUUAAGGGUGGGAACAAUAAAGGGCAAUAUCAAUCUAGGGUUAAGACUUUAAUGGAAGACUUAGUACAAAAAGGCUGGCCAUAUUACUCGUACAAAGAAGAAGUCAAACGGUUCCUGAUCGAGAUCUUCAUAGAAUUUUACCAUCGAAAACACAACUUAUUUAAUCUGGACGGUCAACAACUGAGGUUAAAGCAAUACUGCAAGAGCUUGACCAUUCAACCAUCGAUUCCAACAGAAAAGCCAACGAUGGAACCACCGAUUCCAACGCCCAGUAUAAACCCAGUAAGUCUACCCCCGACGUGUAGAGAUGAAUACCUUUACAAUAGAACGCAAGAGUUUAACAUUAUCGAUCCAACACUUGUGCUCAAGUAUAUUGACAUGCCUAAUGAAUGUGUCAAUCCAUCGUGGAAAAGAGUUCUGAUCAAAGACCGCCAACUAUCUCCCUAUCCUCUACAUCAUUCCCAGUACAAAAAUGUACAGAAAGUGCUUAGUGAUGGCUGCUUAGUGCAAAGUAUAACUCUUCCGUACCAUGCACAACUAACCACAGAGUGUAUAUCGAAUUCAAACAUUUGUGUGGUCACUAUUCCUUGCAUUGUUCCAAGAAUGGUGAUUGGAUAUAAAAGAAAACAUGAUUUAACUAAUACCAUAAACCUAAUGGAAAUCAACGACGAUCCGAUAACGGUGCAAGUGACCAUUGAGAAGAGUAACACCCGAGUUUGUAAGAUAUCCGAGGUCAAUAACGAACAACUGCUGUCCACAUACAAAGUGUUUAUAAAUACCGGCACCAAGGUGGGAAACGAUUAUCAAGAGAGACAUGAAAUCACCAAGAAGAAAUGGCUUUAUCCUAUGUACAAGAACGAAGUCAGAGCCUUUGCAGUUCGAGUGAUUCUGGAAGCUUUCUACCAAACCAGUAACGUGUUUUCACACAUCAACAUCUUGCAUCAAAUCUGCGACGAAAUCGUAGAGAGGAGAACAACUGAUGAAAUAACUACGACGGCCGAAACCAUAGUGCUAUCAACAUCCCAGCCUUCGACACCCAGCACCGAACUCCCGCUGACUCCAGCACCUACGUUAGAGCCGCUAUAUGAAGACCACUGCCAGGACGACUACUCUACCAGCAGACGAAAAGCUUUCAACAUCAUCAACUCAAGAAGAGUCUUAGACAUCAUCAGCAAACCUUUCCCCUGCAUUGGUUCUGACAAACAACGCGUCAUACCUGGAAAGAAGUUUUACUCACCACAAAUGAAAGAGAAAUUUAAUAUAAACGAUAAACUGCAUCUAAACGGCGGAUGUUUAAUACAGAGUGUAACCUUCCCCUAUCAAACUCAACUGAUAGAAGACUGUAACACUAGAAGGGGCGCGUGUAUUGUAACCGUGCCGUGUGUCGUCCCUAGAAUUGUCAUUGGCUACUCUUUCCUCUACGAGACCUCCGGCGGCAAAAAACUUCCGGGAAAAGUGGUCGUGGCAGUUCACGAUGAUCCGAUAGAUAUUCCAGUUCUAGUCAAGACCGAGACUGGUCGAGCGUCCUCGAUUGUGGACGAAACUCUCGUCCUGAAACAAUUCAAAGUUACUGUAGCUCCAGAUCAGAGAGAUCCGUUCGUCAGCCAAGAAGUGAAGGCUGUGAUGGUUGACUACAUUCAACGCACCGGAUGGCCUUUCAACUUGUACAAAGAAGAGGUUAAACAUGUUAUGAUGGCUGUCAUUGAUGAAGCGAUCAAACAAACGUCCAACGUUGUAGGAAGUCUUCCGCAACUUCAGGUGGAGUGUGAAAAGAGUGACAGCACAUCAGUAAGUAGAUCAAUCAGUACAGGCAAGAAAGGUCAAGAAGAGCUGAAAUGUAUAGAUGACUUCAGCCUGGACAGAAAAAACAAAUUCAACCGAAUCGACUCUUUCAAGUUGGCGAAAUUUGUGAACACACGUGGCAACUGUCUGAGACGUAAACGCAAACGUAUUUUGCUAGGUGACUCUCGAUUGACACCAGAUUUAGACAAGACUUUGCAAAUAGAGCUCGACAGUGGGGAAUUUUCAGACGUAUGUUUGGUGCAGAGCAUAACUCUCCCGAAUAAGGCCACCUUAGCGGUAGCUUGCAAUGGUAGAUUAGGUAUUUGUGAGGUUACUCUCCCAUGCGUCUUGCCAAGCCUUAACUUAGGGUUCUCCAUAAGGAGCCGAGAAGGGAUCAAAACAUUCUUCAUAGACGUCUUCAAUAAUCCAACAGACCUUUCAGUGACUUUAAGUAGUCACCUCGAUGGAACCUGUGAAAUUACUGAAUGGUUCGAAAAUUCUAUUGUGAGUAACUUAAAUGUCACAUUGACUGAUGAAGAUGUUGAUGAAAGUAGAGUUGAAGGGCUUGAUUCUGUGGUACAAAAGCUGGUCAAGAGUAGUUGGUUCUCGUCUGUGCUCAAGACAGAGCUGCAACAUUUUGUUUUUGAGGUUAUCCAAGAGACUUUACAACAACGGUGGAAGGUUUUUCGAAAUAUACCGAAACUAAAGAAGAUUUGCAACAGUCUUGUUUGGGAAGAUUCAAAAGUCAAGAACUACGUGGGCAAAGUUUGGGAGAAGAGUCUUGUUGACGUCCCGAUUAGGAUAGAGGUUAAAUUCAGUGACGAUAUAGCAGCUAGGAGAUUGGGGAGAGUGUAUAAUGCAGAAGAAUCUAAGAACAGCACAGUUGCAGACCAGGGCAAACUGGAAAACAUCGAAUUUCCACAAAACGAGAAAGUCGAGUGAAAUAAAAACCAAAAUAAGAA